AACCUUUACUAUAUUAGUUAAGGUUUGGGUAAAGUCCUCACCUAGCCCACAUAACUCCGUCUUCUCUAAAGCAAAGCUUUCAGUCUCCGCUUAAACCCUACUAGCAGAGAAACAACCCAGAUUGAGCUAGAACAAUGAAACAGUCUAUCAUAAGAAAUGUCUCCCUUUAUGCUCGUACUCGUCUUCUCUCUCCUCCCUGCUGCAAACCCAGUUCUAGGACUACCCAACUUGCUCUUCCGACUCGGCCCAGAUUGAGCUUCUACUCGACUGAGUCUCAAUCACAUAACCAAGAGGUUUCCAAAGAUGAAGAAGACGACGUCAGUAAUGAAGAGCUGAAAAUGAAAAUUGACGACUACUUUAAAGGAAAUGACAAGGCAAUACCAACUAUCUUUGAGGCAAUUCUGAAGAGGAAGUUAACAGGGAAGCAUGAACAGACUGAUAAGAAGUUGAUGGAAGAACUUUGCGGGAAGAGGCAGGGAUCGCUGAGUGACGAAGAAGAGGAGGAUGAGGAAGAGAUUGAAUCUGAUUUGGAUGAGUUGUAUGGGAGUGAUGAGAAGGCUGCUGAUUUGAAUCAGGCAAUGGAUAAGUUGAUGAAGGAAAUGCCAAUCACGAAAAGAGAAAACUGAUGGGUGACAGAAUAAGUGAGCAAGCAAAGCUUGACUGAUUAGAUGGAUUUGUAAUGUGAAACCAGUAUCCCCUUUAUGAUUUAGUUUCUUUAGAACUUAUUCGGUUCAUGGUCUUGUAGGUUAAGCUUUCGAAUUCGCAAAAUCAUGUGACAGUAAGUGUGUUGUAUUUGCCAUUUUGCUGAAUGAUAAACAGUUUACAUCAGUAUACAUACCUGUAUUAAUCCUUUGAGAAUAGAAUAUCAGCAAGAGCUGCUCAAAGCCAAUAACAGCUGAGCUCGUGUGGACUGUACUUUAUGUGCAUUCUGGUCCUGUCAUUUUAGAGAAUCUAGCAUCGGAAAGGACAAGCAGAGCAUAUGUCAAGUCUUAUCUACCAUGAUGAUAGAAACCAAAGGCCAUGUAUCAAAGUGAACAGCAAUUUGAUAAACUUACAAAGGGAAAGCAGCAAGCUUUUCUGUGAAGAUUGCUCACUAAUGUUUACAGCAUCAAAGGUCGCCACAUGUGAUCACAGAAAAGGAUUGGAAUAUGUCAACACCAGAAACUGCAGCAUUUGCUCGUGUUUGCAUCAAUGGGGGAGACACCAUUGGUCCUUUGAAGAUAACUUGAAGCACUCUGAGGUUAGAUGAAGAAGUCGGAUUUUGAAGAUUUUAGGAAAGCUGGGACUCAUCGUAUUUUCCUUUCCAAUUCAGAUUUCUAUAUCUACGGUUAAUUAGGUUUCUUGUUCUAGUCUUAUUAGGAUUCAUUAUUUUCUAUCACAGUCAAUAUUUUCCUAGUCUAUUUAGGUCUAAGGACAGUGCUCUAUAAUUAGCUCUUCUUCAAUGAUAGUAUUUCU